GAAGUAUCUUUUGUGUUACCAGCCUCCUUCUCUGAACAUCCAGUGUGAUGACCCCAAGCCAACUGCUUCUGUCCUGGUCAUGAACUGCAGGAUUGGUCACCCUAUACUCAAGAGGUCAUCUGCAAACUUUUCAGUAGUUUGGCAGCUAGAGGAGAAUGCCUUUCCAAACAGAACAGCCAGCAUCACUGUGACAGUCAGCAAUUCCAAUGAGAGAAGGUCUUUGGUCACACAGACCCACAGCCUUCAGUUCAGGUGGGCCUUCAUGGCAGUUCUUCCCAAACCAUCAGUGAUGUAUGUAAACACAAGCCGGGGGGUUUCCGACCACAAAGAAUUCUUCUUUAAUAUACAUGGGGAAAAUCUCUUUGGAGCCAAAUUCCAGCUGCAAAUUUGUGUUCCAAUCAGAUUACAAGACAUCCAGUUUAUAAAAGUGAAGAGCCUGACAAAGACUCAGGCUACCUGAAGUGUCAAGGCUCAAAAAUGAAAAUAUGGAAU